AUGACGCUCUACUACAGUCUCGUCUUCGCCCUUCUCGUCUUCGAGAUGGUGGUGUUUAUGACGCUCAUCAUCCCGUUGCCCUUCAAGAUCAAGCGCAGCCUCUUCACCUUCAUUUCGGAGAGCCCCAUAAUAGCCAAGUUACAAUAUGGGUUGAAGAUUACGUUCAUCUUCAUCCUCAUCCUGUUCAUCGACAGCGUCAACCGGGUGUACCGCGUUCAGCUCGAGCUGUCACAGGCCAAGUUCCAGGGCGGAGCCGCAGCCGGCGUGGCCGGUAGCGAACGCAUGGAAGUCCAGGCCCGCAAGUUCUACUCCCAGCGCAACAUGUACCUCUGCGGCUUCACGCUCUUCCUCUCCCUCAUCCUGAACCGCACCUACGUUAUGAUCCUCGACGUCCUCCGUUUGGAACAAGAGGUCAAGACGCUCCGCGGCGAGUCCCCACAGAACGACAAGAACGCCUCGAAGCUUGGAGAGGCUGGCGAGCUCGGCGAGAUUGGCCGCCUGAAGAAGGAGCUGGCUGAAAAAGACCGCGAUCUCGAGACCAUGAAGAAGCAGUCGCAAGGCUUGAGCAACGAGUACAACAAGCUUGGCGACCAGAUGACGCAGCAGGACGGCUCCAACAAGAAGGCGAGGUAA